GCUCUAGAGAGAGGGAGAUGUCAGAGGCUGAGCUGCUCCCUCCCUUCAGUAGCACUAGUGGGGUUCAGCAGCCAGCAUGGCCACAGCUGCCUCCAGCCCCUACACCCUGCUCAGCUCCAGCCCCAUGAUCCACCCGGACACCCAGGCCAUGCAGCCUGCUAGCCCCUUCAGAGGCCACCAGAAACUCCUCCAGAGCGACUACCUGCAGAGCGUCCAGAGCAACGGCCACCCCCUCGGGCACCAGUGGGCGAGCAGCCUGUCGGAGGGCAGUCCCUGGUCGGCCUCCGUGGAGCAGCAGGACGUCAAACCAGGCCGAGAGGACCUCCAGCUCGGUAUCAUCCAUCACCGCUCCCCGCAUGUAGCGCAUCAUUCGCCCCAUCACAACAACCAUGCCAACCAUCCGGGAGCCUGGGGAACUCCAGUGUCCCAUAACUCCUCCAUCACCAGCGGACAGCAGAUCAACAUCUACUCCCAGACGGGCUUCACUGUCAACGGCAUGCUGGACCACGGUGGACUCACACCUCCACCCAACCCGCAGGGCCAAGGCAUGCACCCCGGCCUCAGGGACACACUCAGCCCCGAGCACAGCGACCUCGGUGGUCACCACUGCCACGACCACUCAGACGAGGAGACGCCGACUUCGGACGAGCUGGAGCACUUUGCCAAGCAGUUCAAACAGCGGAGAAUCAAGCUGGGCUUUACGCAGGCGGACGUGGGUUUGGCGCUGGGCACGUUGUACGGUAAUGUUUUUUCCCAAACCACCAUCUGCAGGUUCGAAGCGCUGCAGCUGAGCUUUAAAAACAUGUGCAAACUAAAGCCGCUGCUGAACAAGUGGCUGGAGGAGGCAGACUCGUCAACAGGCAGCCCUAGCAGUAUAGACAAGAUAGCAGCUCAGGGGAGGAAGAGAAAGAAGCGGACGUCCAUCGAGGUCAGUGUGAAGGGAGUUCUGGAGACGCACUUCCUCAAGUGUCCCAAGCCCUCCGCGCAGGAGAUCUCCACGCUGGCGGACUCGCUCCAGCUGGAGAAGGAGGUGGUGCGCGUCUGGUUCUGUAACCGGAGGCAGAAAGAGAAGCGCAUGACACCGCCGGGAGAGCCGCCGCCGCACGAGGGACCGUACUCUCACAGCGGGAGCGCAGGAGACGCCUCCUCGUGCCACGAUCUCUGACCGAGGCACCGGGAGGAAUCCCCGGCGAGACUCUAGAGCGCACGGGCGCACGGUGGCAACUUCUCCCCGUGCCCGUCCCGUACAGACUCCUGAUGACUCCAGCACUGAAACACGACAAUAACAAUAACAGAAAAUACCCGUUCAGCCUUCGUCAUUUUAUAUUUGUCAUGAGGGCAUUAUUCUAGCGGCAUAUGAUACGUCACAUUUCAAAUCACUUGUGGAGCCCGUCAAUUUCCAAAUUAUUUUCUACAUCAAGGAUAUAAAUACAAAAUGUGCCUAAUAACCUGCCAGCGCCUUUGGUUUAUGUCACCAUUUUGCAUCAGCUCAAUAAUAAUGAUAGGAAUACAGUUGGGACUGAUGAUUUUGUUUUUGUUUUCUUUUCGUUUGUUUUGUUUUGCCAGUGUUUUGGCUUUUCACAGUCAACUUACUUGUCAAUAUAGCUUUCACACAAUUCUCUUAUGCUUCCGUUUGUAUGAUCAGUGAGUGAGACACGAAUAUUAAUACAGGCUCUAUCACUUUUUAAUUGAUUUGAUGCGCCAGUGUUUGGAGAACACAGAGGCCAUUUUACAGUCCACCUCAUGCAUCCUUCGGGCUUGCAAUGCUUUUGUUUUACAUAUUUACAUCCAUUAUUUUGUAACAUAUAUCUGUAGCAAAUCUGUAAUUAUUUUUGCAUAUAAAUAGGCCCUCAUUUCAGUCUUUAGAGGUAUUGCUAUCCAACAAUAUAGCACUUGGAGGAUUAUUAUUGUUAUUAUUAUUUUUUAAAUCAAAGUCCUCACCCUAUCCUGUUAGUUUAUGAAGCAACACACAGUUACAGUUUUCGCCUAUUUAUAAAUUCAUUUAUUUGAUUUCAAUCAUCUUCGACCAUAUAAACUGUGUGGACUCUGAAACAGAGCCGUGAAUAUAAAGAGGGGAUGAUGACGCUAUACACCUGCCUAUAAUUUUAUUGUACGUUCUGUAUCAAAAAUUUUAUAAUCUUAAAUACUCCUGUUAUUGGUUUAUUUCUUAAGUAUUUUUUCGAAUAUUGUACAGUUUUGUAUAUUACCCUUUUGAAGUCAUUAAUUUAAACAAAUGCUCUUAGUUAUUCAUGCACUUAAUUAGCAAUGUAAAAACAAUAUUUUCAGUAAGAUUUGACUGUUUCGGCGCUUUUAUUCCAAAUUUCGAUGACAGC